GCAGAGACGAGCCACGCCCAAGAGUCGCCCAAGAUUUGUCAAGGCUGACGACGACCGCGAAUACUCGUUCUACAGCCGCAUUCUCACAAACCUCAGUCCCUCGAUCUCUUUAAUCAUCCUUUCAUUUCCUACGGUUUACUCUCUGCCUAAUCUCCUAAGCUUGCGCGGCGUCGGCUUUGCUGGGAAAUUGUCUCGUGAUUUCCAGGGGCUACUAUAGCAUCGUCGAAGACCUGACCAACUUUCCUUGCGCAAACAUCUUUACCCAUUAUCAAAUAAUAGCGUCGCGGAGCUUGCCCGCCACCAAUUGCAAACAUGGCUGCUGCUGUGCGCGGCACCGAGCAUACCAAAACCGAUCAAGAGCUCGCUAUCAACAUCAAGAAGGCUACAAACGUCGAGGAGAUCUCUCCAAAGCGAAAGCAUGUCCGAGCAUGUAUCGUCUAUACAUGGGACCAUCGGUCCUCCGCCGCCUUCUGGUCCGGCAUCAAGGUCCAACCUAUCCUAGCCGAUGAAGUCCAGACAUUCAAGGCCCUGAUCACGAUCCACAAGGUACUCCAAGAAGGCCACCCCAGUGCUCUCAAGGAGGCAAUGGCAAACCGCGCAUGGAUCGAUAGCUUGAACCGCGGAAUGGGCGGAGGAGAAGGCAUGCGCGGUUAUGCGCCUCUGAUCCGCGAAUACGUUUAUUACCUACUUGCGAAGCUCUCCUUCCACCACCAGCACCCCGAGUUCAACGGAACUUUCGAGUAUGAGGAGUACCUGAGCUUAAAGGCCAUCAACGACCCCAAUGAAGGCUAUGAAACCAUCAGCGAUCUGAUGGUGCUGCAAGAUAAGAUCGAGCAGUUCCAAAAGCUGAUCUUCUCGCACUUCCGAAAUGUAGGAAACAACGAGUGCCGAAUUGCCGCCCUCGUGCCCCUUGUUCAGGAGAGCUACGGAAUUUAUAAGUUCAUCACGAGCAUGCUGCGCGCAAUGCAUUCAACAACCGGAGAUGACGAGGCCCUUGAGCCCCUUCGUGAACGUUACAACGCGCAGCAUUAUCGCUUAGUUAAGUUCUACUACGAAUGCUCAAACCUUCGGUACCUUACCAGUCUCAUCACUAUCCCCAAGCUUCCUCAAGAUCCUCCCAACCUCUUGGCGGAAGAUGACGAUGCACCUGCGCUACCCGCGCGACCGAAGCAGGAGAUUGAGCGAAAGCCGUCUCCCCCGCCCGAGCCCAAGAAUGACGCCCCUGAUGAGAUGAAUGAAUUCUGGAAGAGCGAGUUGGAUCGUCAGAACCGAGAGUACGAAGAGCAGCAGCGCAUCCUUGAGCAGCAACAACAACAAGCUCUCCUGGCCCAGCAGCAGGCACAACUUCAGGCUCAACGUGAGUUUGAGCAGCAACAACAGCAACUGAUGGAGCAGCAACAGCGAGAGCAGGAGGCGCUCAUGGCGCAACAAGCGCAAUGGCAAACUCAGGGACGCCUGGCCGAGCUGGAGCGUGAAAACCUGAAUGCGCGCGCUCAGUAUGAGCGUGAUCAACUGAUGCUCCAACAGUACGACCAACGAGUCAAGGCUCUCGAGGGUGAGCUGUCGCACAUUCAGAACAGCCUUGGCCAGCAAAUGAACAGCAAGGAUGAUCAGAUUCGGGCCCUUCAGGAGCAGGUCAACACAUGGAGGACGAAAUAUGAGGCACUGGCCAAGCUCUACUCUCAGCUGCGACACGAGCAUCUCGAUCUGCUUCAGAAGUUCAAAGCCGUUCAACUCAAGGCGGCCAGCGCCCAGGAGGCUAUCGAUCGACGUGAGAAGCUCGAGCGUGAGAUCAAGACCAAGAACCUCGAGUUGGCCGACAUGAUCCGUGAGCGUGACCGCGCCCUUCACGACAAGGACCGCGCGACUGGCAGCAGCAAGGAUGAGGUUGAGAAGCUCAAGCGCGAACUUCGCCUGGCCCAAGACAAGGCCGAUAACCUCGAGCGUAGCAAGGGCAACGAGCUUUCGACAAUGCUUGCCAAGUACAACCGUGAGAUGGCGGAUCUGGAGGAGGCACUGCGCAACAAGACAAGACAACUGGAGGAUGCUCAGAUGAACCUCCGCGACGGCAGCUCUGACCUCGAGCAGCUCCUCCGUGACAAGGAGGAGGAGCUUGAGGUGUACAAGGCGGGCAUGGAUCAGACUCUCAUCGAGCUCAACGAGCUCAAGAUGAACCAGGGUGACACCGACCAUGCUUUGGAUGGCCAGAUCGAUGCCCUCAUCAUGUCCAACCUUGACAAGAUCAACGACAUUAUCGACUCUGUUCUCCAGGCUGGUGUUGCGCGUGUGGAUGAUGCGCUGUACGAGUUGGAUUCCAGCAUGCAGGCUGGUAACCAGAAUGCGUCUCCCUCUUAUGUACUGUCACAGAUCGAGAAGGCCUCAGCUAGUGCUAUGGAAUUUGCUACAUCAUUCAACAACUUCAUCGCAGAUGGACCAAAUGCGACACAUGCCGACCUUAUCAAGGCCAUCAACGUCUUCUCUGGUGCCAUUGCCGAUGUCUGUAGCAACACCAAGGGUCUUACCCGUCUAGCUACAGAUGAUAAGAAGACCGAUGCUCUCAUGAACGGAACCCGCCAGCCCGCUAUCUCAGCUGUACAGUUCCUCCGAGGUCUUCAGAGCUUCCGACUUGAGGGCAUGGAUCCCUUGCAGAAGACAGACGUGGUCAUCAACAGCAACAACGACGUUCAGAUGAACUUGCAGAAGCUCAACAAGCUUGUUGAGUCGUUUGCUCCUGGCUUUGGCAAGCUCGCCAACAAGAAAGGAGACUUGGGUGACCUCGUCGACCAGGAGCUCAGUAAAGCUGCAGAUGCAAUUGCGGCAGCCGCUGCACGACUGGCCAAGCUCAAGAACAAGCCCCGUGAUGGCUACUCAACCUAUGAGCUCAAGGUGAACGACUCGAUCCUGGAUGCGGCGACGGCGAUCACCAACGCCAUUACGCAACUGAUUCAAGCGGCGACAGUGACACAGCAGGAGAUCGUACAGGCAGGUCGUGGAUCGACGUCGCGAACAGCGUUCUACAAGAAGAACAACCGAUGGACUGAGGGACUGAUCUCUGCCGCCAAGGCUGUGGCGUCGUCGACUAACACUCUGAUUGAGACAGCAGAUGGAGUCAUCUCUGGGCGCAACAGUCCAGAACAACUCAUCGUGGCCUCGAACGAUGUGGCGGCGUCGACUGCCCAGCUUGUGGCUGCCAGCAGAGUUAAGGCAGGGUUCAUGUCCAAGAGCCAAGAAAAGCUCGAGCAGGCCAGUAAGGCGGUGGGUGCGGCAUGUCGAGCACUGGUACGCCAGGUGCAGAGCUUGAUCAAGGAGCGUAGCCAAGAGGAGGACCAGGUGGACUACUCCAAGCUCGGAGCGCACGAGUUCAAGGUGCGGGAGAUGGAACAGCAAGUCGAGAUCCUCCAAUUGGAGAAUGCCUUGGCGUCGGCUCGGCAUCGUUUGGGCGAGAUGCGGAAGAUCUCAUACCAAGAAGAGUAAAGGCGCAGAUUUGGGUCUGCUGAAGGCAUUCGCAGCCUCAGCCUCAAUUAUCGACACCCGACCAAUGAUAGCUCAGGAGUGAGACUGCACAACCAAAGGACACACACACACCAACCCCAGAACCCCCUUUGGAUAGUAAGGUAUUAGAGUUGAUGGGGAUGGCUUGCACUUGCGUAGCCUUGGUCGAUUUUCGUAUGGCACGCGGAGGAGAAGAAAGUCUGGGCAUUUGAGCAUGGACGAUUACACUCCCAUUUCUUACAUUUCAUUUCGCGACGCGAGCAAAGACGCGAGAUAUAGACGGACUACCCGUAACCGUCACCGGUCCGUACAGUACCGGAGGAUUUCAUGAAGAACGAAAGCCGUGGUCCCUGUCGAUGGAACCACGUUUUAGUCCACCUUAGUGUCUGUUGGGCCGGCGAUGCGGAUAGUGUUUCUUGUGUUACUAGUUAGAAACAGGCGUAGCUUAGCGAAAUAUGUUCACUUUCCGAA